AUGAGCUCGGCCACGGUUGAGGAAUUCGUCGAGCUACUCAACGCGGAACAACAUGUAGACCUUCAAAAGCUGCGAGACCUUGCUCGGCAUGGAGUGCAGCCAUCAGUGCGCGGCGAAGUCUGGCUCUAUCUCCUCGGUGUGCUCAGUGACGAUAAGGGUCAGGAGAUGACUUCGGUGCGCAGCAAAUACCUAGCCUACGAGGCGCUCGACAAACACAACCCCACACUCGAGAAACGUGUCCGCAGCGAAUGUCAGCGAUACUAUCAGAAGCGUCUAGGCACGCGAUCACCGCCAGGCCGAACAUUGAUGCGCAGCUCGAGAAGCGUGCUCUCGCGCAAACCAGGUGGAUUCUCGGCUGCUGGGCUCGGAUCUAGCUCGACUGGUGGACUUGCGCUAGGAAGAGACUAUAGCUUGGAUGCAUCAUCGUCUUCGCAGAAGAGCGUAUUGAUGAGGGGCUCGUCGAUCGGCGAAGGGCCGCACUCGGUAGUGUCUGGGUCAAACGUGCCAGCAUUGGCGACUUCGACGCUGAUGGGUUCAGACAGAGGACCGAACAGAGUCAAUGACGGUAGGAUCCAUGCUCUUGGCGGGAUUAUCGGUGAGAGCGGCGUCUCUGCAGCGAUGGAUGCCGACGAUCCGGAUGCAGCUGCCGCACUCGAGCUGAAGCGCUUCGGACGCAGUGUAGAGAACAUCAUCUGUGCGUUCAUGAACAGGUGUGCUGCUGCCGAGAAAGAGAGAAGGCGCGCUGCUCUUGCAGGUGGUGAAGGUGCACUUGCAAAUCAGUAUCUGUGUUCGGCCACUCAACGUCACAUCUCAGAUCCGUCCAGUAGUGCAUCGAAUCCAAACCAGACUGGAGAAAGUCGACAAGCGGAGGGAUCGAGAGGUGGGGCGCAACAUCACCGAGAUACCAAGGUUGAACAGUGGGAAGACGACCCCUUCAGGUCCAACAAGCUGGGAGAAGGCAGCAGCGGUACUGGCCUGUUCCAAGAUAGUGAUUGUGCAAGCUCGAGAUUCGACGGCAAUAGCCAUCCUGAUUCGUCACGCCAAGGACACAAUCACACGCACAAUAGCGGCACAACCUCACGGUCACGGUCACAGUCUCGAGCAGGGUCGAUGAGCGGAACAAGCAACGGUAUCAAUCCAGGCGCUCUUGGACUCAACCCCAACUCUAGCCGUGGCACUGCAAGCGUGGAAGAAGCAGUGCGAUCGCGUAUGCCUCGCGAGUACGAAUGGCAACCCCAAGUCAACGCUAGCAACGGCAGUGGUUCGGGCACAGCAGCUGAGUUCCAUCCUGCACUGGUAUACCUCUGUGCACCAUUCGUGCAAUGUGUCCGAGUCGAAGCGGGCAUGUAUUUUGCAUUCGAGAAGCUGAUGAUGCUGAUGGCGCGACAUAGUGCACGCAAUCCGCUGCCACGGCAAGUUGCGGCCUUUUUGACGCUUUUCAGGACAACGCUACCAGAACUGCAUUCGUACUUUGAAGAGGAAGAAGUGGAUAUCAUCGGAUUCGCAACGAAUUGGUUGCAGCAUCUGCUGGCGGGGGAGCUGAGGAUAGAGGAUCUGAUGCGAUUAUGGGAUACCUACUUUGCACUGCCAGACUUUUUGGAUCUGCAUCUGUAUGUGUGUAUAGCGAUCUUGACGAAUUGCAAGGAUUCGCUGGAGGAGCUGGACAGAUCAGAGACGAGGAGCAUGCUGGACAGUUUGCCACCUUUGGACAUUGAUCGGAUCAUCAAUGAGGCGAUCAAUAUUCGGCUAAGUCAUCAAAGGUCGCAGCGAACCGAUGAUCUCUAA